GAAAAAGAAAAAGAAAAAGAACAGGCGCGCAAAACCUCCCCGAGAAAUCCUUCCACGAGCCUCCGCUCCAAGCCCGCCCCGUCGCCGCCGCCGCCGCCCGUUCUCCACUCAACGCUUUCUCGACCUCCUCUAUGGGCGAGACCGCCGCCGCCCCCACGUCCCUCCGCACCCGCCUCUGCAUCAUCGGAAGCGGCCCCGCCGCCCACACGGCAGCGAUCUACGCUGCCCGCGCCGAGCUCAAGCCCAUCAUGUUCGAGGGCUGGAUGGCCAACGACAUAGCCGCCGGCGGCCAGCUCACCACCACCACAGACGUCGAGAAUUUCCCCGGUUUUCCCGAGGGCAUCCUCGGCUUCGAGCUCAUGGACUGCUGCCGCGCCCAAUCCCUCCGCUUUGGCACCCACAUCCUCUCCGAGACCGUCACCUCCGUCGACCUCGCCGCACGCCCCUUCUGCGUCCGCUCCUCCGCCACCGCCGUCGAGGCCGAUGCCCUUGUCGUCGCCACCGGCGCCGUCGCCCGCCGCCUCCACUUCCCCGGCGCCGACGAGUUCUGGAACCGCGGCAUCUCCGCCUGCGCCGUCUGCGACGGCGCUGCGCCCAUCUUCCGGAACCGCCCCAUCGCGGUCGUCGGCGGCGGCGACUCCGCCAUGGAGGAGGCCAACUUCCUCACCAAGUACGGAUCUAGGGUUUACAUCGUGCACCGUCGGGACACCUUCAGGGCGUCCAAGAUCAUGCAGGCGAGGGCGCUCGGGAAUCCGAAGAUCGAGGUUGUGUGGAACUCGGAGGUGGUGGAGGCGUACGGGCAGGGGGAGAAUGGGCCCCUGGGGGGGCUCAAGAUGAGGAACGUGGUCACUGGCGAUAUCUCGGAUCUCAAGGUCAACGGGCUCUUCUUCGCCAUUGGGCACGAACCCGCCACCAAGUUUCUCGGGGGGCAGCUGGAGCUGGACUCCGAUGGGUAUAUCGUGACGAAGCCUGGGAGCACACAGACGAGCGUGAAGGGAGUGUUUGCUUCCGGAGAUGUGCAGGACAAGAAGUAUCGGCAGGCGAUUACGGCUGCUGGUUCAGGAUGCAUGGCGGCUUUGGAUGCUGAACACUACCUGCAGGAGAUCGGAGCUCAGGAGGGAAAGACUGAUUGACUGUCUUUAGAUGAUGUUGCCAACCAUCCAGAGAUGAUACCUGCAGCGACGAAGGCUAGUCUUUUUAAGUUGCGCAGCAGUUACCUCCAGAUUUAUCGCUUCAGUUGUUACUAGGUCCUAGUAAUGGAAGAUGAACCGAGCAUCUGUUUCAAUCUUUAUUUAAAUGAUUUGAUUAAGCAUCUUUCUAUUUCCUCGGUGCCGAGAAAUUUAGGAAAUUUAUUUUACUGUGAGCGCAGGUCCUUGUAUCUUUCAAAAACUAUUUUUCAUGAUGAUAGAUACACUGCAUAAACUUCAUGAAUUGCAUGCUUAAAUUCCAAGCACCGGUUAUUUCUGGGUUGA